GCGUGCAGAACAUUUCUGCAACCUUUUCUCGAUCAGUUCGAGAUGUUACGAUCAGUUCCCCCAGGGCCUAGAUCUAGAGCUCCACACAGUGCUAGUACGAGUGGUAAUUUCAACCCUAACUGUCACUUUUACCUUCAAGCCCCGGGAGCCAGCAUUCCUCCAGCCCACAGAAUUAGAAGUACUUCUCUCUCUGAAGCAAGCUUCAAUCCAUGGUCUCCAUCAGACAGCAACCCACCCAUUCCUGCCACAACUCAUGCAUCCUUGUGGGCCUACCCUGCAUCAAGCAUGUGGUCAAAUAAUAAUAUUCAGAAGCAGCGAACUCGAUCCAUCUGUUUUGAGAAGACGUGUCGUUACCUCCGAUCGAUGGAAACCAACGAUAUGGUGGAGGAUGCACUGUUUAGAGAAGAGGGAAAGCUGCAGCCGCUCACUCCAGACACAGACAAAGACAGUGGUACCUGUAGUCCAUACGGAAUACUGGACUGGGCUGACCCACACAAGACUCGACGGCCCACCACUGUAGACUGUACUGUGCCGGAUGCAACCUGUUUCGGUUGUAAGCAGCAACCCCCCACUUACUCUCUCAGACAGUUCCUAUUAGCUGGCAAAUUCACUAGCCUCCUAAACUGCAAUCACAUUUACUCUCGCAAGGUCUUUGUCGGUGGACUACCUCCGGACUACCUGGAUGACCAAGUCAUCAAGAGCAUCUUUGCUCGUUUUGGAUCUCUCUCUGUGGACUGGCCGCACAAACUUCACACCAAGUCCUGUGUGCCCCCUAGAGGCUACGCUUUCCUUCUGUUCAAAGAUGAGUCUUCAGUACACAAGCUCCUUUUCUCCUGCUCCUCUGAGAGCAACAAGUACUUUAUCUACAUUCCCACUAACACAAUGACCAAGAAGAAGGUUCAGAUAAGGCCAUGGUGUUUGCCUGAUGGUAUAUGUGUCAAGGAGCCCUCGCAUAAUAUUGAUCUUCGCAAAGCUGUGUUCAUAGGCGGAGUCCCUCGACCUCUCAAAGCUGUUGAACUGGCUCAGAUCAUGAGGGACAAGUAUGGUAGCGUUAUGCUGGUAGCCAUUGUCUGUGACACUGACCUAAAAUAUCCUAAAGGUGCUGCCUGUGUUGUGUUCUCCUCUCAUGCCAGCUACAUAGCAGCUGUGUCUGCCCGGUUUAUGCAGCUCAAUUAUGCCAGCAUGGACAAGAAGAUUGAGAUCCAACCAUACGUUCUGGAGGGCCAGAUGUGCGAUGAGUGUCACGGUGUGCAGUGUAACAAAAAGCCUGCUCCUUUCUACUGUGCCAGUCUAAACUGCUUGCAGUAUUACUGUGAAUACUGCUGGGCCACCAUCCACUCCAUGCCGGGAAAACAGAAUCACCGACCAUUGCAGAAAAACUUAACAAAACUCCCUUCUGCUGAGAAUGUUAAUUGAACUCGGUGUUUGGAACGUCAUCACUUUUGGUUUUAUGACACGUCAUCUUCUUAUUUAUUUUCAUGAUUGCUCAUUGUGUUUGGAACUCAUUUAGUUUCUAUUCCAACUUUGUAUGUUUUGUGCAUGACUAGUCUAUAUUGCAAUUAUUUACAGCUUC